UCUCCAAUUCUCCCACACCAAACGCCCUCAACUAAUAAUAAUUAGUUUUUGGUUUCCACUGAGUUUCAAUACACAUCAAACAAAUGGCUUCCAAAGCUACUGCCACUCUGGCCUUCCUCCUUGCUCUUAAUCUCUUUUUCUUUUCUCUCGUUUUUGCCUACAAUGAUGGUUACGUUCCGUCACACCCCAAUCAUACACCUAACCAUGAGGAUGGAAACAAGUGCCCAAAAGAUACUCUUAAGCUCGAAGUUUGUGCAAAAUUGCUUGGCAAUCUCGUCGAUGUUAAGCUCGGCAAGUCUUCAUGCUGUCCGUUGAUUCAAGGGCUUGCUGAUCUUGAUGCUGCUGUGUGUCUUUGCACUGCUCUUAAAGCCAAUGUGUUGGGAAGCAACCUCAAUAUCCCACUCUCACUCUCCUUGAUUCUCAAUGCUUGCAAUAAGAAAGUUCCAAAUGGCUUCCAUUGCUAAAUUUAGUAUCUUUUGCCUCAAUAACGACUAUUUUACAAUGUUUAAUGUGUUUUGAGGGUAUGGUUUAGAAUAAUAAUUACAAUUAUUAUAGCUUACUAAAUUAUUAUAGCUUACUUGCUUUGUUUCCUAAAUGUUAUUUUUCUAUUUGGUUUAAAGACCAAUAUAAGUUUACCUAUCGGUAAUUUUAUA